UCAAAUUUGGAUUUGAGUCAUUUCGAUUUUAGUUUGGGAGAAUGGCUGCCGGUGCUGCUGCUUCUGGGUUGGUACUGUCACGUCCGGUAACAUUUGUGACUGGAAAUGCUAAGAAGCUUGAAGAAGUCCGUGCCAUCUUGGGCAAAUCCAUUCCUUUUCAAUCCCUCAAACUUGACUUGCCAGAGUUGCAAGGAGAGCCUGAACAAAUUUCCAAAGAGAAGGCUCGAUUGGCUGCUCUUCAGGUUGAUGGACCUGUAUUGGUUGAAGACACUUGCCUUUGUUUCAAUGCCUUAAAGGGUCUUCCAGGGCCUUACAUCAAAUGGUUUCUACAGAAGAUUGGUCAUGAAGGUCUCAAUAAUUUGUUGAUGGCAUAUGAUGAUAAAUCAGCUUAUGCCUUGUGUGUAUUUUCCUUUGCGGCUGGUCCUGAUAGUCAGCCUAUCACAUUUUCUGGAAAAACUCCGGGGAAGAUUGUGCCUCCAAGAGGACCCAAUGAUUUUGGAUGGGAUCCUAUUUUUCAACCCCAGGGCUAUGACCAAACUUAUGCAGAGAUGUCUAAAGAAGAAAAGAACAAAAUUUCUCACCGCUAUAAAUCUCUUGCGCUGGUGAAAUCAUAUUUUGCUGAAGCUGGAUAUACAUUUCAAAUCAACAACACUUAAGAGAGCUAUGGUAUAUUGGUAUUUGUUUCCAUGGUGAUACAAUCUCUGUAGUAGUAGACAUUUCCUGAAAUUUAAUGUGGACAUCAUUUAAACAUUUACAACUUCUGCAAAAGAACAAAAACCAAAAUGAAAAAAUAUUCAUCUUGAAACUAGUCUUUGUGAUGUGUUUUUACCCUUCUAUCCACGUAGGAAUCCUAGUAAGAUAUAGGUGUUCACAUGUAAUUUUCACAUUAGUUUUAGUCUUUCAUUAGUUUCUAUCAUCAAAUUUGAUCA